AUGACUUCACGAGUUUAUCCACGCCAAACGUCGAUCGAAAUGAAGCCACGAAAUGGCCCACCUGAAUACAAUCGAGAAAUAUCGCGAUCAGAAUUGCCUGGCUCACCCAUGCAUGAUGAAACUAAACCGAAUAAGCCUAUCUUAAGGCAUACUGAUACUCGCACUGGUCUGCAGAGACGUAAAAGUUCUCUCUUAACUCAAAUGUUACCAAGUCGACAAGCUGUCCAAUCAGUUCCUGGUGCUAACUUAACACGUAAAACAAUCGAAACGGAAAGGCGCCGUUCACUAGCGGCUCGAUCAUUAAGUCGUUUCCGAUUGCAAUCUGUGCCUGACGAAGCAGAAGAAGAAGAAGAAGAUCAAAGCAAUUAUCACGAAAAUCGCGUGAAAUCAGGAUUAGUUCGGCAAUAUGCAUCCAGCAUAAAGAAAAAACGUGAAGAGUAUCAGAGACUUCAAAGUGAAAUGGCGUCAAAAAGGCCUCAUCAUAUUCAUAAAAAAUAUGGCGCAGUCAAAGAUUUGAAGUGGAAAUUAUUCAAGCAAAGAUUGAAGGAAAACUUUACUUUUACACUGUGGAAAUCGCAUUUGAAAGAAAUUGAAGGUCAAUUUGGCAAUGGCGUAUUAUCCUACUUCAUCUUCCUCAAAUGGUUAUUCUUCCUUGAUCUUUUACUCGGAUUGCUUUGGUUUGGUUUUAUUUGCAUACCCGAAUUUCUAUUAAAUGAUAACGUGAUUGUUAGCGCCGAUUAUGUCACCUUUAAUGUAUCUCAAAGCAUUGCAGCGACAGCAUCAGGUGCUGGCAUCUAUUGCAGUUCGGACUAUAUCACAAAUACCACUGCUAAUACCAACCUAUUUAUUGUUAUUAUUAGCGGUAAAGGACAAAUGGAAUGUAGCCAACUCUUUUAUGGCAAUUAUACUGCUGAUGUUGUUCAUACAUCUGGGGUAGCAUCGUAUUUCAACGUUCCAUUCGCCUACUUUAUUAUUACUUUAAUCCAUUUCGUCUUGAGUUUGAUCCUUGUUGCACGCAACGCUUCAGAAACUUACAGAAAGAGUUACAUAGAAGGUGGUGAUACUAUCCAUCAGUACUGUAAUAAAAUUUUUGGCGGAUGGGAUUAUUGCGUUUGUGAAGAAAAGGCGGCAGAAUUAAAGAAGAAAAGUAUUGCACACGAUAUUAAGGUUGAUUUAGCUGAAGAAAUUCGAGCCAUUAAAGCUAAGCAGCGAAGUAAUGGAGAGAAACUUGUCAUUUAUUCCAAGCGUCUGGUAUUAAAUAUCGUCAUUCUUGGCUUGUUGUGUGCAGCAGGUGUUGCAAUUUACUAUGCAGCUAAUGAGACGAUCCAGAGUCAAACGACCAACGCCAGUUCCGGUUUCUUACAAUUAUUAAGGAAUUAUGCAGCAUCGCUAACACUUUCUGCAUUAAAUAUUAUCCUGCCUUGGUUCUUUACCUUACUUAUUCAAUAUGAAAAUUAUAGCCCAAACUUUGAAAUUCAGCUUACUCUAGUCAGAACUGUCUUUCUCAAGUUGGCUUCGGUAGUCGUUUUGUUAGCAUCAUUGUUCGCAGUUACUCGUACAGCAGCCUCAUCAGGUGGAUCAGACACUUUACUGUGCUGGGAAACUUAUGUUGGCCAGGAAUUAUUCAAGCUCGUCAUUAUGAACUUUUUAGUGGUUGUCUUUGCAACUAUCCUAGUCGAAUUUCCUCAAAAGCUUGUAGCAGAUAAGGUUAAUUUCGAAAACUGCUGCCUUCAAAUAAAAAGACCUGAAUUUCAAAUCCCUAAAAAUGUACUAGAUUUAGUAUAUGCACAAGUACUCUGCUGGCUUGGUGCUUUCUACUGUCCCAUGGUUCCCUUAAUGGUUGUUGCUUCAUUAAUUAUUAUAUUUUAUGUUAAAAAGAUUAGUCUUGUGUAUAAUAAUCAGCCAUCGCAGCGCCCAUAUCGUGCAUCAAAAUCCAAUUCAUUCUUCAUGUUACUUUUAAUCAUCUCCUUCUUCUUGGCGGCCUUUCCAGUUGGCUAUGGUUGGACUAGUUUAACUCCUUCCAAGCAAUGUGGACCAUAUAGCUUGGGCAUAUACUAUUUCCGGUCGUUAGCUAGAGCUCGUAGUCUUAAAAUUCAAUUAUUGAAAGAGCAGCUAGUCAUGGAAGGAAAAGAUAAAUCUUUCUUGCUAGAACAAAUCAGUAAAGCAGAAGGUUUAGAUGAAAUUGAAGAAGAAGGUGAAGAUAAUUAUAAAAAUGUUAAAAUGGAGGAAGAUCGAGUUUAG